UGUGCCUAUUCGAAAGGGCAUCAAGUGGGGUGUGUGUUAGCUAAAACUAGAGCGUGUCUUACAGCUUUCAUCGUAGGUAUAAAUACAUAGUUGUCCGAGGCAAAAGACAUCAGUUACUUGCAGCUAACCAAAGUAUCCAACCAUGAAAUUCUUAAUCGUCGCCGUCCUCAUCGCCACUGCGGCCGCAGUUCCAUCCAGCUACAAAUCGUAUGAAAAGACGUACGAGAAAGACUACAAAUACCCCGAAAUCACAGUUACCGGCCAAUCCGACGAGCGUAACGUUGAUGGCAGCGGAAAGUGGAACUACGCCCAGUCUGACUACACCACCCGUGAGGAAGCCCAGGAGCAGAAGAAAUUCACCGUCACUACCGUCGAUGACUACGGCAAGGAAUACACCGCGGAAGUCUUUGGCAACACCAACAAGGGAUCUUCUUACUGGGUUUCCCCUGAAGGCGAGAAAUUCACUUUGACCUGGGCCGCUGAUAACGCUGGAUUCCAACCCAAAGGUGACCACUUGCCCGUUGCCCCCGUCCAUGUUUACGAACUCCCAGUUGCCCCUGUCCAUGAAUACGUUCUCCCCGUCGCUCCCGUCCACGAAUACGAACUCCCCGUUGCCCCAGUUCACAUUCCCUUCAACGGAAAGGGCUUCAAGAUCUAUUAAACCAAAAUUUUUUUAUUGAAAACAAUAAAUUAUUUCAACAAA